AUGAGUUUAGAUCGGACCGCCAUGAGAUCAAUGAUGAUGAUCGCACUUACCAUUGCACAGGAGAUUAUGAGCUCUGAAGUGGAUGAUACGUACGUCUGGUAUCCGGAGCCGGGGAGAGGUACAGGUACGUUUUCAGCUAGAGAUACAUGGAGGGCCUUGCAUCCUUAUCCAGUAGAAGUAGUAUGGCAUAAGGCAGUGUGGUUCUCCGGGAGAAUACCGAAGCAUGCUUUCAUCUCUUGGGUAGCAGCAAGGGAUAGAAUGGUUACAAGGGAUAGACUCUUAAGAUGGGGCUUGACGGUUCCUUCUGCCUGCAUGUUAUGCGUUAGUAAUCAAGAGAACCGCGAGCACCUAUUCUUCGAUUGUGCUUAUAGCAAUUAA